AUGGAUUCUUCUGUCUGGAAUGAUCAUUUAGGUUAUGAGUAUUCCAAAUCUGAAACCUGUAGGGGUUUGGAGGGUGAUUCAUCUCAUGCACCUACAGCUGUGGGAACCAAGGUUUCAACGAGGCUGCUAGUCCCAGCCUCACAAGCUGGAAGUUUGAUAGGAAAACAAGGAACAACUGUCAAAUCCAUUCAAGAAUCUUCUAAUUGUAUUGUUAGAGUUCUUGGAGCAGAAGACCUACCAGUCUUUUCUCUUCAAGAUGAUAGGGUUGUUGAAGUUGUAGGAGAAGCAGCUGGUGUGCACAAAGCAGUGGAGUUAAUUGCAUCUCAUCUCAGGAAGUUUUUAGUGGACCGCAGUAUAAUUCCAUUAUUUGAAAUGCAUAUGCAAAUGUCUAAUCAUCAGAUGGACCACAUGCCAUCUCAUCAAUCCUGGGGUCCACCUCAAGGUGUCCCUCCAAAUGCUAGUGGAGGUGCUGGUUUUGGAUCCAAUCAGUAUAUGCUGCCUCCACGGCAACUUGACAAUUACUACCCACCUGCUGAUAUGCCUCCUAUGGAGAAACAGCCGCACCAGGGUAUUUCUGCCUAUGGAAGAGAAGCCCCAAUGGGUGCCCAUGCAUCAUCAAAUCCCCAGACUGCACCAUCAAUGAUUACUCAGGUCACUCAGCAAAUGCAAAUUCCACUAUCUUAUGCUGAUGCUGUUAUUGGGACAGCUGGUGCAAGUAUUAGCUAUAUUCGACGUGCUAGUGGGGCAACUGUCACCAUACAAGAAACUAGGGGUGUUCCUGGGGAAAUGACAGUCGAAAUAAGUGGAACUGCUUCACAAGUUCAAACUGCUCAACAACUGAUACAGAAUUUUAUGGCUGAAGCUGCAGCUGCAGCUGCAGCUGCAACUCAGGCACCAGGUGGGGGUUCUGACCAAGCUUAUAAUCCUUACGCGGCUCAUGGUUCUUCUGUAUAUGCAUCGCCACCAUCCAAUCCAGGACAUGCAGGCCAUACUGGAGGCUAUGGCUCUGUUUAUGGUUCAAACUACGGGUACUAAUCAGGAUUGUUUGAUUGUGAUGUCAACUAUGAGAUCAUAAAAUCAUAGAUGGUUAAAUUUCCGAAUUGGUUUAA